AUGGGUGAUAACCUGGUGUACGCCGUCCGUGGAAACAUCGGAUUUACGUUGAAACGAGGCCUCGGCAAGGACGCAACGACAGUUUUUGAUCAAGCAUCUUCUAAAGAAUCUGCUUGCAAUGUCUUCGCAUACAGUAACAAUGGUCUCCUCUUUGCAUAUUGCGAUGGACAAGUGACACGGGUGAUUGAAAUUGCGACGGGUAAAGAAGUCUUGAAUGUUGAGUUAAAACGAACUCGGAAGCUUUUGUUCACUCCCAAAGAUAGUUACCUUCUUACAUUCGAGCCAUACGCUAUCUACGGCAAAAAGGAAACAAGCGAUCAAAAACCCGAUCCAAACGUUCGUGUGUUCCAAUUAAGUGAUGGAAAGCAUGUGUCAAGUUUUGUUGCGCCAAAAGAGGAAACCUGGGAGCCUCAGUUCACCGAUGAUGAGUCUCUUGCAGUGCGCAUGAUUCCCAGCGAAGUUCUUUUCUAUAAUGAUCUCAGUUUCACAAGAUACGAUAGCCGUAUUGUCGAGAAAGGACUUGGAGCGAUAGCUUUAAGCACUGGAGGAGCUCCCUAUCACGUGGCGUUGUACAUCCCCGCUUCUGGUUCAAUUCCUGCAAGAGUCCGUGUUCAUCGCAUAAACUCGAGCAACUCUGUUAUCGCGAACAGGACAUUCUUCAAAUCAGACAAAGCGUCCAUGACAUGGAAUCAGAAAGGCAACGCACUUUUAAUUUUGGCCAGUGUUGAAGUUGAUCAGACAAAUCAAUCGUACUAUGGAGAGCAGAGUCUUUAUCUUAUUAAUAUUCAAACCGAUGAGAGUGUAAUUGUGCCACUUGCCAAAAAAGGACCAGUUUAUGCGGCAAAAUGGAAUCCGAAUGGACGAGAAUUCGCAGUUUGCUAUGGUUACAUGCCGGCAAAGGUGACAUUCUACAAUUCGAAAGGUUUGCCAAUUUUCGACACCGUCGAGGGACCAAAGAACGACAUUUUCUAUAACGCGUUUGGAAACAUUGUGCUCAUUUGCGGCUUUGGUAAUUUGAGCAAAGGAAAAAUGGAGUUUUGGGAUGUCGAGAAGAAAAAAGAGAUCAUUUCGAUUGAAGUUCCAAAUACGACGUUAUUCGAAUGGGCUCCAGAUGGACAGCAUUUUGUUACUUGCACAACAUCUCCAAGACUUCGAAUUGACAAUUCAUACAGAUUCUGGCAUUACACCGGUCGCAUGAUUCACGAAGUGACGUUCGAUUCGCCGCGCGAAGAACUCUGGGAAGUCAAAUGGCGUCCGAUGAGCGGCUACAACAAAUUCGAAGUGCGCGAGAUCUCGAAAAGCGACCGAAUGGCGGCGGGAUUGCCGAUCAAGAAGAAGGACGCGUCGCAUCCGCUCAACAAUGUCCCGGCUGGAUCGGUCCGACAACAAGGUGCUUAUGUGCCACCACAUUUGAGAAAAACUGGUGGUGCAGCUCCACCCGCGGCGACGUCAACUAAAGGAGGUCAAAAGACGAAUGGCAACGCGCCAACUGCCAUCAAACCGCAACAAUCCGAAGCUGAAAGGAAGUUGUUCCAGCUUAGAAAAAAGAUUGAUGAUAUAAAACUUCUUAAGGAGCGAGUUGCAAAUGGCGACCACCUUCAACCGAAUCAACUUGAAAAAAUCAAGCGAGAAGCGGAAUUUCUGGCCGAAAUCGAAAAGCUUUCAAUCUGA